GUGGACCUCCAGGAGAUGACGACGAUGACGAGGACUUCAACGACGAGAAAAGUCGUAAAGAGAAGAAGAACAAGAAGAAGGCAAUCGUGGCAGUGGACGGGUCGAGGCAUGGAGGAAUCUACGGACCUCGCAUCGAUCCAAACAACAUGGUGCUUACUUCAACCACGUCCUCAGCCAGCGGACGGGACGGAGUGGUUGUGAUGGCAAUUGUGAAGGGAAGCAAGGAUCGGGCUCGAAAUAGCCCCCAACUGUCGGCCUACGUGUUGCAGAAGGCAAUCCUGCUUUUCUAUGAACAGAAGAAACUGUUCCCGCAGGGUCUUUGCAGUGGAGUGCCAGCUGUUCAAGACUGGGCCCUUCAGCAGGGGGUCAUGUUGAAAAAGAUGGUUUGCGAUCAACGUGGUGAUCCAGGUGAUUUGGCCGAGCUUCCUAACGCCAAUCGCUCGGAUGUCUCGACCACGGCUUCGGACCUGGGAUCUGGCGUGUCAGUGUUGACGUCAUCUUCUACUUCAUCUGCUCUAGAUGACAAGUUGACCCGGUUAGUGAACCAAGUGAAAGCCAUCAAGAUUGCUACUUCAAAAUCAACAGGGAAUGAUGAUGGUGAUUCUGUUGACAUGAAAAAGGACUCUCAGCAAUCUACGUCCAUGGGGCCCAAUGAGAAAACGGAAUUGUCCUUACCACCAGGGGAUACUCCUCAUGAAAGGGUAGCUGCCAUUCUCAAGAUUGCCAAAGCUAGACGCCUUGAAGCUGAAAAGAAAAUGUCCAGUGAUCCAGAACAAACAACCAAAGCCCCUACAGCACCUGGUUCCAGUUCGCAUGACUCCACCGGUGGAGAUGAGAUCCCCGAGUUUGUUUACAAAUCUAUGACCGGCGAUGUGCCAAAGGCUUUUCCAUUGAAGGCCCAGUACCUCAAGAGCAUGCGAGAGGAAGGCCUGCGCGGAGUAUCAGUGGAGGUGGAUCUGAACCCUCGUGUGUUUGACCUGACCACGCCUUCGGGUCUUGUGCAUUACCCAGAGCAGUUCGGCAAGUUCCUGGCUCGCUAUGUGGUAGAGCAUCCCUUCGCGCGUCUCAUGGAUGCAGUGUCCUACCUUGCCCAGAGCAAGCACAUGAAUAAGGCUGGACCCAGCGUUGAAGCCCUCCAACAGCUUGCUAGAGCCUUGUGUGAGAAGAAAGAAGCUGAGAAGAAAUGCGAAGGUUCUUCAUCGGUGCCAGCUGAGAAGAAUGACGUACCCGAGCUGCCUGACAAUUCUGAGCCGGCUGCACCUGCAGCACCUCACUCCAAGAGGCGUCGAGUCUCGGGGAAAAGUGCUCCCGUUGAAGAGUGCCCAGAGCCAAAGACCAAACCCAAGAAGGAGCGAAAGCCGAAGGAACGAAAGCCCUCCAUUUCGAAGAAGGUCAUCGAAGAAGCGGAGAACUUUGAUCCCAGCAACCUCCCCUUCCAAUUGAAAUGGUCCAAUUUCGAGCUGCUGAAGCGUCACUAUUCCUUGCAAGAUCAUGAAGCAACUUCGAUCUUACUUGCGAUGGUGGGGCCGAGUGAAGAGGGGAAGCGCUACUGGGACAAGUUCAGAAUUCCCAAGAGCUUGUUUGACUACCCACCACCUGACUUCUCUGUUGAGGCUGAAGAGUCGGAAGAGGAUGCCCCAAGGGCUCGAGCUGAGGAGCCUGUCAACAAGAAGGAGCAGGAGCACGUCAACAAGAAGGAUCCCCUCAACCCGAAGCAAGCGAAGGAGCCCGUCAAGCCGAAGGAGCUUGCGAAGGAGCCCGUCAACCCAAAGGAGCCUGCGAAGGAGCCCAUCAACCCAAAGCAGCCCAUCAGCAAGAAGGAUCAGGUUAAGGAACCCAUCAGCAAGAAGAACCAGGUCAACAAGGAGUUCCUCCACAAGAAGGAGCUUGUCACCUCGAAGGAACCCGUCAAGGAGCCCGUGAAGGAGCCCGUCAAGAACCCCAUCAACCAGAAGGAACCCACCAACCCGAAGCACGAGAAGAUUGGUUCUGUUCCCAAGUCCGGAGGAUCAUCUGAGAAGCGGAGCAAGGAUUUGCCUUGUGAGCCUGAAGGUGCACCUGUCAAGAGGCGCCGGAUUCGCAAGGUUCACCCAGACACGCAGCCUGGAUCUGACUAUGAGUCUGAGUAUGCCUUUGAGGACCCUGAGGAGGAAGCCAUUGAAAUUGAUGGUGAAGAGAUGGACGACCCCGCAUGUGACACAGAUCCUGACGAUGAUGACGAUGAUGAGGAAGACAUCUUGUCCACCAGCAAGACUGGCAGUGAUGCUCCCGGCCCAGACAGCCCACCCCUUGAAGUUCAGAAGGUUGACUCCGAGUUGGUUCAGCCGCCCGAGGUGAUCCGAGCAGAGCCCGUGAAGCAGCCCCUGGACAUCCCAGCUUUGGAUGCACGCUAUGCCCUGGAGGAGAAGUUGAGAAAUGCAGCUACACCUGCCAAGGCUGCAUCCAUGGAUGAUGAUACGACACCCAAGAGAUUCAGGUUGGGCCCAUCGGCUUCAGCUGUUCAGCCUGCAGAUGUGUCUGCUGACAAGAUGACCCAGCUUUUGAAGCUGCUCACUGGUCUUCAGGAGAUGGUGAAGGAUCCGUCCGUCCAGGGUAUGAUGGGGGAGCUAUCGUCGCAGUUUCCGAUUUUGGGGAGUGGAGGUGGGCAUGAGGUUGAUGCUGCACGUGCUGGCGCUCCAUCAUCAUCAAAGCCAGGUGCUGCGGCUGUGAAGCCUGCUCCUGAAAAAUCCAGUUCUCGCAAGCCAACGCCAGAGAUUUGUGCGAAAGAUCGCAAUGUUCACGUUGACAACACAGUGGACAAGACCAAGCCUGGGAAGGAUGCGCCGGAGGUGAAGACGGAGGAGCUGGAGGACGAAGAUCACCGUUCCGAUGCUGGAGAUUGUGGGGAAGAGAAGGAGGUCAACAGUUCAACGCAUCGAAAAGAACACGCCCGACUCAGCCGACGUAUGGCCAGCAUUGAUGCUGCCCAGUACCCGGAGAUGGUUCGCCUUUGGAAUGGUAGCAGGAAGGAAAAAUGCGAGCUUUUGCGAUCCUGGCUGUCCUCGGGAGAGAACCUGGCGGCUACGGAAACCUCCCUUGUCCUGUCCAAGAAGCAAGAGACCUCUGUCGAAAAGAAUAAGGAGCUCCUCACUAUUCGGCAGAUGGUUGGAAAAGGCUUCAGCCAGGCCAAGAUUGAUGCCAUUGUGCGAAGGGGCGAUGGCAUCCCAGAUGAGGAUGCACCCUUGGACCCUGAAUCAGUUAGAUUUUGGGCGUUUACCACUGGGCACUACAAAGAGCUUGAAAAGGUCAGCCUGAGUGGCACGGCAAAGACGAAUGUCAAGCCAACAGUGGAUGGGGUCACAUCGCUUUUGGAUGGUCAGUCCAUGCCCAGUGCUUGUGCUGCAUCGCCGGCAACAGGGAGCGGAACUUUGUCUUUGACAUCAUUGGUCGAUGUCAUGAAGGACUCGGUGAACACCGCUGGUGCCACCACUCCCGGUCAAGGACGUGCCAAGUCCAAGGCGAAGGCCAAGGCGAAAGCCAGAGCAGUGGAACCCACGACCGUGAAGGAGAAAAAAGAAGCCGCCCGGAAGGAGCUCAAGAAGGAGAUGAGCAACUGCUCGGUGCUCUUUGACCUUCCCAAGAACCAUGACCUACGUCUCAAACUUUCCGACAUGAAGGGGGAGCUUGAACAUCAUUUUGACAAGCUACCUGCCUAUCAGAUCAGCUCUUGCAGUGACGAGGACAUCGAUGAUUUCUACACCGAAGCAGCUGAGUUGGUCGACGCGUGCCGCAUGCUGAGGGCCCAAGCCCGAGCAGUGUCCAAUGAGAUCAAUAAGAAGUCCCAGGAUGUUUCGGCCUCGAAGAGUUCGCGAUUCGACUUCUUUGCAGAGUGCAACCGAAAUGAUGAUGAUAUGGAAAAUGCCUUUACCGAUGUCUCUGACAACGCCCCAUUUUGGGAUACCUAUUUGCAAACUCUUCCAUGGGCGGCAAGCCCACCAUACGCUGACCUAAUUGGCUUUUCGGUCGACCAGCUGAUGCCAGAUCUUUUGCAUGUGCUGAAUUUAGGCCCGGCUGGGUCCCAUUCCAUGCGCCGCAAUCUCGUCACCCAAGAGCUGUUGCUGCUCUUCACAUGUGAUUUGGAUGCCCUUUGGAAAUUGGUCUUCAUGGGUGCAGAGGAAUUCUGCGGCUAUCCCAGGGAGUGGGCAUGCAUCUGCGACAACAUUGGUAGCGGAGCUCCACGUGUGAAAGCGGACUACUGGGAGCACAUGCCAGAGCUUGGAGUUUGUGUUCAUCACCACCUGCAACCUCGCAAGAAGUUCCAGGACAAGCCGAAGGAGCCACAGAAGAUGAAAGCCUGCGCAGGGGAACCUGCACCUUCAACAAUGUCGGGAUCUCAGCAACGCGCAGGGGAACCUGCUUGCCCUACAGUG